AUGGGGGUUGCGGGUGUGGCCAACCUGCUGUCGCCCGAGCGGCUCCUGCACCGCCCCUUCUCCUACCUCCCCCCUGCUGCGGGUGCAGCGGUGGGGGUGGAGGGGAUCUGCAGCACCAACCCUCCCCCCCCCCCCUUCUCCUAUCUCCCCCUGCUGCGGAUGCGUCAGUGGGGGGAGGGGACCUGCAGCACCAGCCCCCCCCCCGCCCCCCCCCCCCCCCUUUCUCCUCCACCCCUGCUGCGGGUGCAGCAGUGGGGGGGAGGGGAUCUGCAGCAGCAGUGGGGGGAGGGGAUUUGCAGCAUCAGCCCCCCCCCCGCCCUUUUCUCCAAUCUCUCUCCCUGCCGCACCUUGUGGUGGGAGAGGGGGGGGAGCUUGGAGGUUCAGGGGGAGGCAGGAGGGGAUCUGCAGCACCAGCCCCCCCCCCCGCCCCCCCCCCCCCCCCCCUUCUCCUCCAUCUCUCUGCUGCGGGUGCAGCAGUGGGGGGAGGGUAUGGGGGUUGCGGGUGUGGCCAACCUGCUGUCGCCCAAGCGGCUCCUGCACCGCCCCUUCUCCUACCUCCCCCCUGCUGCGGGUGCAGCAGUGGGGGGGGAGGGGAUCUGCAGCACCAACCCCCCUCCCCCCCCCUCUCCUAUCUCACCCUGCUGCGGAUGCGGCACAGUGGGGGGGAGGGGAUCUGCAGCAGCAGUGGGGGGAGGGGAUUUGCAGCAUCAGCCCCCCCCCCCCCCCCCGCCCUUUUCUCCUCUCUCUCUCCCUGCCACACCCUGUGUUGGGAGUGCGGGGGAGCUUGGAGGUUCAGAGGGAGGCAGGAGGGGAUCUGCAGCACCAGCCCCCCCCCCGCCCCCCCCCCCCCCCCCCUUCUCCUCCAUCUCUCUGCUGCGGGUGCAGCAGUGGGGGGAGGGUAUGGGGGUUGCGGGUGUGGCCAACCUGCUGUCGCCCAAGCGGCUCCUGCACCGCCCCUUCUCCUACCUCCCCCCUGCUGCGGGUGCAGCAGUGGGGGGGGAGGGGAUCUGCAGCACCAACCCCCCCCCCCCCCCCCUUCUCCUAUCUCCCCCUGCUGCGGAUGCGGCAGUGGGGGGAGGGGACCUGCAGCACCAGCCCCCCCCCCCGCCCCCCCCCCCCCCUUUCUCCUCCACCCCUGCUGCGGGUGCAGCAGUGGGGGGGAGGGGAUCUGCAGCAGCAGUGGGGGGAGGGGAUUUGCAGCAUCAGCCCCCCCCCCCUCCCGCCCUUUUCUCCUCUCUCUCUCCCUGCCGCACCCUGUGUUGGGAGGGCGGGGGAGCUUGGAGCAGUGGGGGGGAGGGGAUCUGCAGCAGCAGUGGGGGGAGGGGAGUUGCAGCAUCAGCCCCCCCCCCCCCCUCCUCCCCCCACUUCUCCUCCAUCCCCCUGCUGCUGGUGCAGCGGUGGGGGGGAGGGGAUCUGCAGCCCUGCGCGCCCUGCUGUCCUGCUGCCCUGCGCGCCAUGCGCGCCCUGCAGCCCUGCGCGCCCUGCUGCCCUGCAGCCCUGUGCGCCCUGCUGCCCUGCAGCCCUGUGCGCCCUGCUGCCCUGCUGCUGCCGCUACAGCCCUUGCUGUUGCCGCUACAGCCCUUGCUGCUGCCCUGCGCGCCCUGCUUCGCCCCGCGCGCCCUGCUGCCCUGUGCGCCCCGCGCGUCCUGCAGCCCUGCGCGCUCUGCGCGCCCUGCUGUCCUGCAGCCCUGCGCGCCCCGCGCGCCCUGCUGCCCUGCAGCCCUGUGCGCCCUGCUGCCCUGCAGCCCUGUGCGCCCUGCUGCCCUGUUUGCCCCGCGCGCCCUGCUGCCCUGCAGCCCUGUGCGCCCUGCUGCCCUGCUGCGCUGUGCGCCCCGCGUGCCCUGCAGCCCUGUGCGCCCCGUGCGCCCUGCAGCCCUGCGCGCCCCGCGCGCCCUGCUGCCCUGCAGCCCUGUGCGCCCUGCUGCCCUGCAGCCCUGUGCGCCCUGCUGCCCUGUUUGCCCCGCGCGCCCUGCUGCCCUGCAGCCCUGUGCGCCCUGCUGCCCUGCUGCUCUGUGCGCCCCGCGCGCCCUGCAGCCCUGUGCGCCCCGCGCGCCCUGCUGCCCUGUGCGCCCUGCUGCCCUGUGCGCCCCCUAG